CUCAUACCCAAAGCUCGAUGAGCGGUAGCCAGAGUACUGCGGUCCGAGAGGCAGUUAUCAGCUGACUACGAAGCGCUCAGCACGGUGGCUCACUCUCUCUCCUCAUAAUAACGCGAUCGUUCUCUUCGCAUUCGAAGAACAUCAAAAAGUUCGAAAAUUUCGCGUGCGAUUCUACAUCCAAACAAUAAUGUAAUACCUAGAUACUCGUCGGCUUAUCGAUUCGCAUCAGGGAUCUCUUCUCGUCCUAAGCUAUCGAAAAAGCUUCGCUUUUUUUUGCAGAGGUUAAACAAUGUUUGUGAAUAUGCAGAGGAAUAGGAACAGUUGGGGUCCAACGUCCAUCCCAUCUCCGAUCCACCGGAUGGCACCAGACUCGGAGUUGGAGGAGGAAUGCAGCGAGAGGAUGAUGAGUGCACAGAUGAGGCAAUUGGAUCCACUUAAGGAAGAUUUGGCCGAUUGGCUCAACAAAACGCUCGCCAUAGACUAUGUGACCAGAGACAACUUCCUGUCCGAGCUAGAUAACGGGGUCGUCCUUUGCCAUUUGGCACAAGUGAUUCAAGAUAGAGCGCGCACCGCCAUCGAGACUGGGAGAUCCAAGGGGCCGCCGCCGACGAUUCGCGGGAAAUGCUUCGAAAAGGCAAUGCGACGCAGCUUCUUCUCUAGAGACAACAUGGAGAAUUUUAUUAAAUUCUGCAGAGCUCUCGGAGUCCACGAGAAUUUGCUUUUCGAAAGCGAUGAUCUAGUUCUUCACAACCAACCACGGAAUGUUAUCCUAUGCCUUCUAGAAGUGGCUCGUAUAGCGACUCGCUACGAUGUGGAACCUCCGGGCUUGGUGCAACUGGAGAAGGAGAUUGCCGAGGAGGAACGCAAUCAGUCUGCAGAUUCGGGUCUAGGCUCCAUACUUUCAUGGCAAUUCCAGGCUUCUCCCAACAAACACGAACAGGAGAACAACAAAAUGAGAACCAGCUUCUCCGCGUCUGCCAUUUCUUCAUAUGCUCGCUGGAACACCGGACCGCAAAUGGUCUUAAUUCCAGAUUCCGGCGCCGCAGGUGAUCAUAAACACAUUUCUGUACCGCCGAGCGGCGCAAGUGAUGGGGUGCCCAGCGACAACACGGAAGAUGAAUGGUCCAGAGGAAGCGGAGAAGAUCCCGAUCUGGAGAUUCAACCGGAAAUCCGAAGAGGACCGACCGGGGAUGCAUUGACAGAGCUGGACAGGAAAGUGCAGCAUGCCACCAGGUUGAUGCAGAAAAAUUGCAACUGUUCGAAUGGAAAAUGUUCCAAAUUAUCGGUGAAAAAAGUCGGCGAGGGUAGAUACAACAUUGCCGGUAAAAACGUUUUUAUAAGGUUGCUGAAAGGCCGACAUAUGAUGGUCCGAGUUGGGGGCGGUUGGGACACCCUGGAUCAUUUCUUGCUACGCCAUGAUCCUUGCCAGGUGAAAGUCGUGUCUCGGGAGAAAAUCGCAAAAGAUUUACCUGUGACACCUACGAGUGGGCCAAAGUUUUUGCACAUUCGCGCGAAAUACCGUAGUUAGGCUCACGAACAGAUACGAAAGACAGAAAAAAAGAAGCAAAACAUAUUUUUAUACACCGAUCCAAAACGCAAUAACUUUUAAGUUUUACGAACGAGAAACG